ACGACGCAGUUGGAUAAGGUUUUGCUUGCGUAGGAAUCCUUUUUGCGCGUGAUUUGCUGGACGUUUACCCGCAAAAUGUUUUCUGGGUAGGGAUGGAAUCCGACUGACGCAAAUCCAAACAGCGUGACUUCUUUAUUCUAUUAACCCGAGCGAUCAUUCCUAUAAUUUCAAGCGAUCAUACAAAAAUGCGAUUCUAUCAUACAAACGUUUACAUGUUCACACUUAUUCUACUAUUCUGACAUUCAUGAAACAAUUAUACAGAAACAGUAACACUUAUACAAACACACAAAAUAAAUCAAAUAAGUUUACACGAAACAUGUACUUUCAUAACAAUCUCACGCCAAACGUACGCUCAAUCACGCAUGUCUUAACUUUUUUUACUUCAAUAAAACUAUUAAAUUUUUUUAAAUUCACUGCUCAUUAAUCACAUAAUCUCCUCUAACUCGUAUAAAUAAAUUGUCGUGUAUCUGGGCGUGUUAUCGCACGAUUCAGAGCCACGACUGAUGACAGUUGUCUUAAUCUAAAAAAUAAGUAUAAUCAAACCAAGAGAGAAAAAAAAUUACGUCCCGGAUUACAAUUUCGCAAUCCGCGGACGUAAUAGUCUACAUUAAGCGGAUUUUUUUUUUGUUCUUUGUUUACUGUUAUAUAAUGUAUAUAGUUUGCACAGACCGACUUGAAAAAUCUCGAGUUGAUUCGCGAAGUGUUCAUUUAGUAUCUACUGCUUGAUCUGUUCGAAUCAUGUCGCCACUCUUAAUUUUGAUACUUACUCUUCUCAUAGUGUAUAAAUUAUACAGAUUUGCUUACGAUAAACCGCCUAAUACACCUCCAGGCAUUAUCAGACUUCCGAUAGGAGGCUCUUACUGGAUGUUGUUAUGGGGAAAUUAUAAGUUUCCAUAUAUGACAAUCGACUAUUAUGUGAAGAAACUGAAAUCGAAGAUCAUUAGCUGCUACAUGGGUGAUCACUUUGUAAUAAUAGUGAACGAUUACAAAAACAUAAAAGAAGUACUCGCGCGGGAUGAAUUUGACGGACGAGUUUCCGCGCCUUUUUUACUGGAUCGAUCUUUUGGAAAGAAUUUAGGAAUAUUUUUCGUCGACGGCCCAAAAUGGCAUGAACAGAGGAGAUUUGCUCUUCGUCAUAUGCGCGACUUUGGAUUCGGUCGACGCCAGGAGAAGCUCGAGAGCGAGAUCAUGGAUGAGAUGUCUCUACUCCUUGACAUCAUGAAGAAUGGACCUAUUUAUGAUGAAGAGAAACAAAUACUGAAGGGCAAUUUGGCGUUCUUCCCAAAUAUUCUACACGCAUCGGCGGGUAACAAUAUAUGGAACAUUAUGUUUGGUCAUAGAUUUGAUAGAAGCGAACACGAUAUGCCCCGACGUCUUUGUCGCGCGGCUGUUAUGUUGCAAAAAGCAAACGAUACAACUGGUGGUGCCAUUUUCCAGCGACCGUUUUUAAAAUACUUCGGUAAUAUGUUUGGGUAUAAAAAUCAUAUGAUAGCAAGUAAUAUAUUAAAUAAUACUGUGAAGAAAUAUCUGGAGUAUCAAAAAUAUUCUAUGAACGAGAAUGAUGAACGGGGAUUUAUUGAUAGAUAUAUAAAGAAAUUAAACGAAGACGAUAACUCGAAUAAUUUCACGGAGGAACAAUUGAUAAUUUUAUUAGUUGAUUUCAUGUUUCCUGCUUUAUCUGCAUUAUCAGGUGUUAUUACUCAUAUUAUUAAGUAUUUGAUGCAUUAUCCCAAGAUUAUGGAAAAAGUGAGAAACGAGAUAGAUAAUGUUGUUGGAACUGGACGAUUGGUUACAUGGGAAGAUAGAAAAGAUUUGCCCUAUUUGGAGGCAAUAAUACGAGAAACGCUGAGAAUCGAAACAAUUACGCCUCUCAGCGUAAUUCACAGGACUCUGAAAAAAACCAUGUUAGGAGGCUAUGAAAUACCAGCAAACACACCGAUUUUCACUAAUUUGGCUGCUAUGCAUCACGAUCCCGAAUUGUGGGGCGAUCCUGAAGUUUUUAGACCGGAAAGAUUUCUGACGGAGGACGGGCAAUUAGGCAAAGAUAUUUCGCUCCCCUUCGGUUUCGGUCAUCGGCUAUGCGCAGGAGAAACUUAUGCUAGAUACAACAUGUUUGGGACAGUGGCUCUUUUGUUACAGAACUUCAACUUCUUCUUCGUUGAGGGUGAGCCAUCGAGUCUCGAGGACAAAGAUCCAGGCUUAGUCGUUUUUCCCAAAGAUCUAUGGAUACGCUUCGAAUCACGUUACCCUUGUUCUGUUCAAGUCAUGUCUCCGUUCUUAAUUGUAAUAUUAACGUUUCUUUUGGUGUAUAAACUAUAUAGAUUUGUUUACGAUAAACCACCUAAUGCACCUCCAGGCAUUAUCAGAAUUCCGAUAGGAGGAUCUUACUGGAUGUUGUUAUGGGGAAAUUAUAAGUUUCCACAUAUGACAAUCGACUAUUAUGUAAAGAAACUGAAGUCAAAGAUUAUCAGUUGCUAUUUUGGUGAUCAGUUUGUAGUAAUAGCAAAUGAUUAUGAAAGCAUAAAACAAGUACUUGCGCGGGAAGAAUUCGAUGGGCGAGUUACCGCGCCUUUCUUACUGGAUCGAUCUUUCGGAAAAGAUUUAGGUAUAUUUUUUAUCGAUGGUCCGAAAUGGCACGAACAGAGGAGAUUUGCUCUCCGUCAUAUGCGCGACUUUGGAUUCGGUCGACGCCAGGAAAAGCUCGAGAGCGAGAUCAUGGAUGAGAUGUCUUUACUCCUUGACAUCAUGAAGAACGGACCUAUUUAUGAUGAAGAGAAGCAAAUACUGAAGGGCAACUUGGCGCUCUUUCCAGAUAUUUUGUAUGCGUCAUCAGGUAACAAUAUAUGGAACGUUAUGUUCGGUCACAGAUUUGACAGAAGUGAACAUGAUGUACCUCGACGUUUAUGUCGUGCGGCUGUGAUGUUUCAACGAGCAAACGAUACAACUGGUGGUGCCAUUCUUCAACGACCAUUCUUAAAAUAUUUCGGUAAUAUGUUUGGCUACAAAAAUCAUAUGAAGGCAAGCAACAUAAUGGAAGAUAUUGUUAAGAAAUAUUUGGAGCAUCAGAAAGCCUCUGUCAGUGAGAAUGAUGACCGGGGAUUCAUCGAUAGAUAUUUAAAGAAAUUAAACGAAGAAGAUAAGACGGAUAAUUUCACAGAAGAACAAUUGAUCGUUUUGUUAAUUGAUAUAAUGUUUCCAGCUUUCUCUGCGCUACCAGGCGUUAUCACUCAUAUUAUCAAGUAUUUGGUGCAUCAUCCCAGGGUUAUGGAAAAAGUGAGAAACGAGAUAGAUAAUGUUGUUGGAACUGGACGACUGGCUACAUGGGAAGAUAGAAAACAUUUACCUUAUUUAGAGGCGACAAUACGAGAAACGAUGAGAAUCGAAACGGUUACGCCUCUCAGUUUAGCUCACAGAAGCGUUAAAAAGAUCACAUUAGGAGGUUACGAGAUACCAGCAAAUACAGCGAUUUUCACUAACUUGGCAGCUAUGCAUCACGAUCCCGAUUUGUGGGGCGAUCCUGAAGUUUUUAGACCAGAAAGAUUUCUGAAGGAGGAUGGGCAAUUAGGCAAAGAUAUUUCGCUCCCCUUCGGUUUCGGUCAUCGGCUAUGCGCAGGAGAAACUUAUGCUAGAUUUAACUUGUUCGGGACAUUGGCUCUUCUGCUACAAAACUUUAACUUCUUCUUCGUUGAGGGUGAACCAUCGAGUCUUAAGGACAAAGUACCGGGCAUAACCGUCAUUCCCAAAGAGCUGUGGAUACGCUUCGAAUUACGUUAAUAUCCGUUAUUUUAUCAGUAAUAAUCGAAAAUAAAUAACAGGGCAUGUCACUUAUCAAUCUCUUAAUAAAUGUGCAAAUCAUGAGUUAUCACGCAGUACAGAUUAAUAAUGCAUAUACCUCAUAUUCUGUACUGAUAAUUUAUGAUUUGCACAUCUAUUAAGAGAUUGAUAAGUGACAUGCCCUGUUACUUAUUACAAAUUAUCUUUUUAAUUUUAUAAGAAGAAAGUUUUUUGUUUGAUAAGAAUAUAUGUUCGUUGAUAAGAAUAUAUGUCUGUCGCGUAUAAUACAUAAUUAAAUUAAAUCUCAUUGCCUACUCUUAAUUGCUGAUCGAAUUGCGAAAUUAUCUUGUAAAAUUCCAAAUGCGCAAUUAAUUAUUAACAUUAAGCCAAUUAAAAAGAAGUAAACAAUUUUUAAUAUUGCAUUAUAUUGAAAUAUUUCAAAUUUAUGUUACAAAUGAGAUAAAAGUAAUUACAGUUUGCAACACUAAUAAUUACGAGAGAAUUUAUUUCUUUCGAGUUUCACAUAUGAUACAUCUUUUAUCGAGUAAAAACGGAGAAAAACAAUAGCCUAUCUAACGUAAAUAUAUACUACGCAUGCUAUAGAAAUCUAUCAUGUUAUGAAUUAUGAUUAAAUG